CGCAUGCGCAGAACCGAACGUGACUGUCCGAGCAAUCCACAAAAAGGCAGAUGAGCUGUUGAGCCUCCGAUCACUCGACCUUACAGGAGUGGACGACGGGAUCAGAAGCUGCGAUGGGCUCUCUACAGCGAUACGUGCUCCUGCUGGUGGUGUUUGUGGUGAGGGCAGAGGACGAGCUGUUUGUGGGCCAAAGAGAAGUUAUUUUGGAAUUAGACGACCUGGUGGAUGGAGAUUUCGCUGAACUCGGUGAAGACGAGCUGAAGCAGAAAGAAGUGCUCCCUGACAUCUCUCUGACUCAGAGAUAUGUGCUGCGACCAGGUCCUCCUGUGUUUGGCCCCCGCUCCAUGGGCCACCCACAGAUUCCGUUCCCUCUUGCCCGACCUGGGCCCAACAACUUCCAAGCCAUCUGUCGCUAUGGUAACCAGCGUCCUCGGUAUCCUAAGGAGACCCUGCCUCAGAAUGGCUUUGGUUACCUAGUUCGUCAGGCUAACGCUGUCAACCAGCUGGAGUCCUGGUUCUCUGUGUGUUGCAGUCAUGGGAUUGAGAAUGAGGAGCUGCUUCUGUGCUGCACAGAGAAAGCGUGGAAAAACUCACUUUCUGCCUUCUGUGACGAGGAGUUCUCUGUUAAGACCAGUCACUAUCACUGUUGCAAGAAGAAAGGGUCAGAAAAAUGGACUUGCUUUGAGAACGCUGCUCCAAACAAAUCAUAUGAGCCUUCCGGACAGGAGUCGUACGCUGACAUCCCAUCCAUGACUGUGGAUUUCAAAUUUAACCCUGAUAACUGCCAGAAAAAAAGAUCACAGAUGGUUCCCAGAGCUGUGAGAGGAAGAAUGACUAGUGUCCUGAACAGCUACUUUCCCCCUGGCCGCCCUAAUUCUGGCAAUAUUGGAUCAAUUUGUGCUAAUCGCAAGCAACGGCGCCAGUACCUCUCCACUUGUGUUCCUCGUAAUGGCUACCUCUCGCUGCCCGAUGAAAUAAAAGCCAUCAAUGAGCUGGAAAAAGGCUUUAAUCAGUGCUGUAAACAGAAGAAAGGAAAACAGGCCUGUGCUGAGAGGAAGUGGAGGACGAUGGUCGAUGACUUCUGUAUGAAUAAGAAGAAGGUUGAUGUGAACCAGCUUGAUUGUUGUGAAAAGGAUGAAAGGAAAGAGAAAUAUGAUUGUUUUGCCACUGCUGCCCCAAAUCCAGACUACAUCCUCAACAAUGACAGUGUGUCACGUCCCACUCUGGACAUGUUCUGUGAUAUGUACUUUACUUAUCACAUGACAUCGAGAAGCCAUGAUCUUGGUUUGGAGAUGUUUGCAAGCAAAUUGUCUAAGCAGUGCUGCCACCCGGUGGAAGAGAAGAAUACUGCUUGUUUACACACACAGCUCGACAAUAUUGUGGAUGAGGUAUGCGAUGAUCAACUCAGCAGCUCUAUGAUCUGUUGUAAGGAGAAUCCCAAGAACCGCUCCAAGUGUGUCACCAAGCACAUCUUGCGCAAGCUUGCUAAUGACUUAAACUACAACAUUCGGAAGAAAUGCCCGCUCUCCUAAAAUCCUGUGUCUGGUCAUUGAUUAAUUGUGUUGAGCCAAUGAUAUUCACAGGCUGGUAUUCCAGGUGUGAAUGUAGUGGAAUUGAGUAAACACAUUCAGAUGGGUUACAUUUCGAGUUGAGCCAAAACUGCAUUUUAUAUCAACACCACUUGAUAUUUUCUGUCUUAUUUACCUUUUUCCUGAAAGAUUAUAUUAAUGAAUUAUUUCAAAUGAUUAUUUUUAAUACAUUUUCAGAGCCACAUGCAUGGUUCUUGUUAACUGUGUAGACACUUUUUCCACAAACUAAAUGCAAAUCACUAUUUUCAAGUAAAUGUGGUAAAUAAACAAAUAAUUUCCUUGUUUA